AUGCAGUCGGUUCAAGCUCAACAAAAUACCAUUCAGAAAGUCCGCGAGGUCUUACAGAAGUAUGAAUCGCGACUAAGCGAGAUCAAUCAAAAGAUCUGGUCUACACCGGAACUCGCAUACGAAGAACAUACCGCACACGAUAACAUCUGCACCUUUUUCGAAGCGCUUUCCGAGGACGGGUAUACCGUAAAGCGACAAGCGUACGGCGUGAGCACCGCACUCGAAGUGAGCUAUCAAUAUGGUCAAGGAGGUCGCGUCGUCGCAUAUAAUGCCGAAUACGAUGCUCUACCCGGGAUGGGACAUGCAUGCGGCCACAAUCUCAUUGCAACAAGCGCGGUUGCAUCCUUCCUCGCCACAACAGAAACAAUGAAGACAUUGUAUUCCGAUACCAAGGGAUUUUCAGUGCGAUUACUCGGUACACCGGCUGAGGAAGGCGGAGGUGGGAAAUUGCGACUCAUCGAUGCGGGCGCUUAUAAGGAUGUUGAUGCGUGUUUCAUGGUUCAUCCAUUUCCGGUUCUUACGGGUGCGCCUGAUUUACUGAGCUCGAGUUCGGAUUCGAGUCAGUAUCUGGCGAAUGAUAAAGUCUCUGUGACUUAUACAGGAAAGCCGGCUCAUGCAUCUGCUGCGCCUUGGGAAGGUGUUAAUGCGCUUGAUGCUGUUGUUGCGGCGUAUGUUAAUAUCUCUAUGCUUCGUCAACAGAUUUUACCAACGCAGAAAAUUCAUGGUGUUGUUUUGAAGGGUGGUGAGAGACCGAAUGUUAUUCCUGCUUCUACGACAGUGCAGUAUUAUAUUCGAUCGCCGACGAAGAAGACCUUGAAACCAUUGACGGAACGAGUGGUGAAAUGCUUUGAGGCUGCGGCGACUGCGACUGGGUGUACUGUUGAGUUUGAAUGGGAGCCCGCAUACACGGAUAUGAAGUAUAACAAACCUAUCUGCGAGAGCUAUACCUCUGCCAUGAAUGCCAUGGGAUACAGCACUAUCUACGAUGCGGCAGGGCAGGAGGGUGGGCUUAGUGGAGGAUCUACAGACAUGGGCAACGUGUCAUACGAGCUUCCCGGUUUCCAUGGCGGUUUCUACAUCCAUACAGAUGGUGUCAACCACACCCCCCAGUUUACUGCUGGUGCAGGCUCCGAAGAGAGCUUCCAGCGUAGUCUGUAUUGUGCAGCUGGUAUGGCCGUAGUAGGAUGCCGUGUGUUGGUUGAUGAUGGAUUUGCAGCAGCUAUUAAGGCUGAUUUCCAGAAGGAGCAAUAG